CGUUACAAAACCAUGGUAUAAGUAGUCGCCCACAUUUAGAGACGUCGGGAGGGUUUGAUCACUACUUUUGAGAACUUUUAGGCGGCUACUUGAAGUUUAACAAAGUCUACAACAAGCAGAAGUAUAGACGUUACAUGAUAUACACCCCGCACUCGUCCAAUAACAUCACAACUUCAUUCCUAACACAAGAAGCAACCCAAGGUCCUUCAAUGCUCCCAGAAUCACCAUAAGCGUUGAGUUACAAAUGAAAACCAGAAGCGUAAGAUCUAGACGGUGAGCCUAACUUAGCGUCUCCAAGCCAUCAGCGUUAGAGGUAAUACUUUGCGAUCGAUAAACCGGCACCGAUCACAUAAUUUCUUUUCCAAGUUAAUGAAUAUAAAAUUCAGAAUUUCGAUCCUGGACUCAUUUCACCUCGAACUGAUCUGAUUUGCCUUGAAUACCCUCGUGAGUCGUGACUUAUUCUAGCUCACUUGGCAUUCCUCUUCGCUAUACACAUCAACCACGUCCAAGACGUUCCUAAGUCGUAAUAUAGUACGUAUACAAACAUAAACCACCAUCCUUAUAGACUUAUACCGAGACAUCCAACCUCCCCCAUCCACCAAAAAUGGACACAGAAACCUUCCUCCGCACCUCCUACACCCUCAUCCGAUCCGUCGCCGCCGUCCCCCCGGGCACAUCCGCACCAACCCUCCCCUCCACCUCAACCCUCUCCACAGCCCGAUCCAGCAUCCCCAGCCCCUCCAGCCCCAACGCCCUCACCGGCCGCGGCCCCGCCGCCACCCUCGCACACCUAACCACCGACAUCGCGCCCGCGCUCGCCGGCCACAACCGCAGCGGCCGGUACUACGGGUUCGUGACCGGGUCCACGCUGCCGGUCGCCGAGGCGGCUGAUAACUUGGUCUCGGCGCUGGAUAAUAGCCUGCAGGUGCAUUUGCCGGGGCAGAGCGUUGCGACUGAGGUCGAGGAUGUGGCGUUAAGGCUGUUGUUGCGGCUGUUGGGUUUGGAUUUGGAUGACGGGGGUGGGGGGGAAGGCUGGGCUGGCCGCACGUUUACGACGGGCGCGACGGCGAGUAAUGUUCUGGGAUUGGCGUGUGGUCGCGAAGCCGUGAUUAGCGCACGCUUGCCACCCGGAAGCGCGGAUGGUGGUGGUGUGGGUGAAUUAGGACUGCUCGGUGCGUGUGCCGCCGCGGGUGUGAAAGAGAUUCAGGUCCUGACGAGUAUGGGCCAUAGUUCGCUAUCGAAAGCGGCAUCGGUUGUAGGGCUAGGACGGAGCGCAGUGAAGGAACUACGGUAUAGCGAGGCUGAGCCCUGGAGGUUGGACUUGGAUGCUGUGGAGAGAGAGUUGCAGCGCGAAGGGGUUGCUAGUAUUGUGGCUGUUAGUGCGGGUGAGGUUAAUACGGGGAGAUUUGCGACGACUAGCGUCGAGGAGAUGCGGCGAUUACGGGACUUGGCUGAUAAGUACAAGGCUUGGAUACAUGUUGAUGGCGCAUUCGGUAUCUUUGCCCGCGCCCUCCCAGCAACAAGCGAGUUUGCACGGCUCCGGGAUUUUACGGCCGGCCUCGAGCUCGCGGAUAGCAUCACUGUGGACGGACACAAGCUUCUUAACGUCCCCUACGACACCGGCAUAUUCUUCACCCGCUCCUCCCACACCCCCCAAGCCGUAUUCCAAAACCCCAACGCAGUCUACCUCUCAACGCCGACCCCGUCCUCCGGCCCCGCCAUCCCCAGCCCCCUAAACAUCGGCCUCGAGAACUCGCGCCGCUUCCGCGCGCUACCCGUGUACGCGGUGCUCCUAAGCGAGGGCGCGGCGGGCGUAGCUGAUAUGCUGGCGCGCAUGGUGCGGCUGGCGCGGGGAAUCGCCGGGGCUAUAGCGCGCGACGAUGAGCUGAGGGGAGACUACGAAUUACUAGCCGCUCUUACGGCCGAGCAGAAGGGGGUAGGGGGGAAAGAGGAGGAGAACACGCAUAUUGUGGUGCUGUUCCGCGCGCGUGAUUCGGGGCUUAAUGCUAAGCUGGUUGAGAAGAUUCAAGCAUCGGGGGAUUGGUACGUUAGCGGGACGAAGUGGGAGGGACAGCCUGCGUGUCGUAUUGCGGUGGCGAGUUGGCGGGUUAAUGUUGAUGAGGAUUUGGCGUUUGUGAAGGGUAGACUGGCUGGGAUAGCUAAGGAGUGGAAGGAUGGGGGUAGUAAAUGAAUAUCUGGGACGAAUAGUAUGAGUUAGGUUAAACUACAUAGACUUAUAUGUCAAAGAGGCUUUUAGUGACAAUGGCAAAAGCUCUUUUUUUCUUCCUAUUGACCUUGCUAAUUGACCCGUCUCUUGGAUAGUCUACCCAGACCAACUUGAAGUUGUAGUAAGAGAAUACUAUAGUUAGGUAAGUGGCCGUAAUUUAUAAUUCGUCUUGAAGCACUUCUCCUAUCGUAAUAUUGAGACUGCUUCGUCCGUAAGUGACAUAUGUUGCAAAAGAUC